AUGAUGGAACUUCCGGAGUACAUGCCUUCGGGUGAGCGACAACCUGAUGCCCCUAAUCCGGCACCUGCGCCUGCGAAGCAAUCAGUCCGAUCUUUCAAGAAGAAAUAUGCCAAACUCAAGGUCAAAUUUGAAUUGGGAACGCGCGAAAGCGAGAAGCUCAUCCGAGAGGAACUGCGCAUCGAAGACCUGUCUAAACGCAUCCAGGAACAAAAUGAUCAACUCCUCGAAGUCCUCCUCGAGUUCAACGAGAGCCUUCACGUUCCUCCCGAAAUGCGGUUUGAAUUGAGCAUGCCCAAUGACCCUCCCUUGCAACCCGCACCGGAACAAGAGAUCUUGCCUUUGAUCAACGACGCAACAUUGGCAAGGCAGGCGUGGAGCGAAGCCAAGGCUGGAUUGGCUGCCGGAAGCAUCGACAAAAGUGCAUACCGCAUGAUCGAGGACAACAUCAAGCGCAACAAAGUGUUUGCACCAGCCCAACAAUAUAGUGCCUUGUCACAAACCGGUCACACCAACCCAGAUGCCGCAGCGAACAGCAAAAGAUCAGAUAAUGAGAGCGAGCGCGCACUUGGAUACUUCACGCCCGAGCAUGAAACCGAGUACUAUCUUUCCUUGGACGCCAAGCUCGGAGACAAUGCGGCAGCAGCGCAGCUUGCGCGUAUUCCAGAUCGCCCAACCUUCGCGGAGCGUGAGCGCGAUAUGUCCAUCCGGAACCCGGCCUCGGUUUACAACUGGCUGCGCCGCAACCAGCCCCAGACUCUCCAGGACAAUGAAGGUGCAUCUGAAAAGUCUGCAUCUCGCCCUUCCAACGCGCGCUCUUCGAAGCGCGCGCCAGCCCAGCGUAAAGAUGACGACAUGUAUGAUGAGGAUGGAACCGAGACGCAACCUACCCCCAAGAACAAGCGCAAGCGUGAAGAAGACACGGGGUAUCGACCCAAGGGAGGCAGCAGCCGGUCGAAAAAGAAGAAAGAAGACACCAACCCGACUGCAAGCAAAGCGGCUAAGAAACCUUGA